UUUAGGGCUGUUUGGUUUGUGUGCAACUGGAGACUCAGAAGGACUGCGGUGUCAACAGGGUGACUUUGUAUUUGGCCUUUCCCACUAUCAUAGUGUGCGCUUUUUUUGAGCACAUCGCUUCGGAAAGACUGUUUUCAGUCCAAAAUGCAGCACGUAAGUGGAAUAUGGGAAAAUCACAGGUGAAGCUGUGCGUGUAAUUUCAGUCACGGAUUGUAGCGGAUCCAGGAAAAAUGUGGAGAGAUGCAGAGCAGGCGCUGACUCUGAUGUGGCUCCUCUCUUGGAUCUCACACAGCAUGUGUCAUUCUCCCCCGAUGAGGCCCAGACUAACAAGAUGUCGGUCGCCUGAGAAAGAGACUUUUACUUGCUGGUGGGAGCCUGGAUCAACAGGUGGAUUGCCCACCAGCUACCACCUGUAUUACAGAAAAGAGAGCUCUUUGGAAGUCUUUGAAUGUCCGGAUUAUCAUAAGGCAGGGAACAAUUCUUGUUAUUUUGAUAAGCGACACACGUCUAUUUGGAUCAUAUACAACAUCACAGUGGUGGCCUCCAAUGCACUGGGAAAAGCCUUUUCGGAAUCUGUAGAAGUUGAUGUUAUGGAUAUCGUGCAGCCUCACCCUCCAGAGAAUGUAAAUGUGACUUUCAUGCAGACCACGAACAGUCCAUAUUUCCUGGUGCGGUGGCAGCCUCCGCAUGACGCAGACACACGUUCAGGCUGGGUAACAAUCAAAUAUGAAGUUCGCUUAAAAAUUGAGAACAGAGGAAAUGAGGAGGACAGCAAUUGGGAGUCAUAUAGUGCUGGAAAACAAUUGGAGUUUAGCAUCUACAGUCCACAGCCAGGAGCAAAUUACAUCGUUCAGGUGCGCUGUAAACUAGACCAAGGCUUCUGGAGUGAAUGGAGCCCCUCUGCAUUCAUCCAUAUUCCAGGCAAUAUGUCUGACACACAGAAUGCGGUUAUGAUCAUUGCUGUCACACUAACCAUCAUCAUUUUCCUGCUGACUGCAGGAGUGCUGACAGUCAAGAUGAAACCGGUGAAGCAUUUUUUACUGCCACCAGUUCCAGAACCGAAGAUCAGUGGCUUAGACAUUCAGCUCCUUAAGAGUGGGAAGUCCGAGGAAAUCUUCAGUGCUCUGAUUACUCCGGGAUAUCCCCAAAUAGCCCUGAGAUCAGACCGUCAAGUGGAGUACCUCGUGGUCUCUGACUAUGAUGAGGAAAUGGAUUUUGAUGGCAAAGCUCAUCUUGAGUACCAAAAGGGAGAAAACUGUCCCACAGGUACUGCACAAAAGAUCUCUCAAAACAGCAUCCAGAUCACAUUGAACAGCAGUCAGGAUCUAAUCACAACACUGAGUGAACACGUCUACUGUGGGACUGUCUCCAAUCAGCUAAAUGCCACCAGCAGUGUCCUUGGAGAGCCUCAAAAACUACUUCACCUUGAUUGCAAUGGCUCACCAGUAAAAGCUCGGGACCAAAACACUCAAAUGAGCUCCGGUAGCAAAUGUGAGCACGUCAGCAUCAACCCUGCUGGACUUAUGGGGUAUGUUGUGGUUGAUGAAGAGAAACGAGACCAGACACCUCUGGUAGGGGAGGACUACAGUAUGGUCACUGACGUUAUCAGUGAUAACAUCCUUGUACUACAAGACAUCAUCCCCAUACAGGGUCACAAAGAGGUCAAAUGUGACAAAACAUUUAAGGCUGAGGAAACCGGAGGUGUUUUCGAACCUCUGGGAUACUUGGAAACCCUGACAACAUUUUCAAGUGGAUCUUGACUAUUUUGCGUCUUAAACUUCAGAGGUUUGGGAUAAUUUUGUCUCAUAGUGAACUGUCAAGCAUUUUGUUAGCAGAGAUGGGAGAAGGGUUCUUUCAGCAAUCAGGGGUGUGUUUCCCGUACAACGACAUAACUUGCUGCUUAACUACCUUAGUACAAAGCAUCAUUGAAGAAAUUAACUAGCUAUUCAUAAUUGAUUUACAAAACUGCUUAUUUAUCAUUUUAACCACAUUGGCUCAACAAUGUCGUUACUGAGGUCACGCAGGUGGUGGAGUAAUUACAUCUGCUAAUUAAUCAUUUCGGAUCAAAUUAAUGUCAGAUUAUUAAUGUAAAUAAAAAACAUGGCAUAUGAGGACUAUAAAAAUAUUGUUAGCCAUUGUUUUGUUAUUUGCAGUUUCCCCUGGGCACUAGAGCAAAAUCACAUUCUUCAA